AUGCCCGCCGCACCGCCCGCCGCCAUCGCCACCACCGGCGCCCCCGCCCGCGUCGUGUGCACGCUCUUCUACAAAGCCACCACCCCGCGCUCGCCGCAGCCGCACCCAGAUGCCGCCCACCACAUCCCCAGCGACACGCUCUCUCGCGCCUCCCUCGACUCGCUCGCCGGCGGCGUCGUGCCCACCAACGACCUGAGCCAGUACCCGCUCGAACCCCCGACCCCCGGCCCCAAUCCGCUCGACAACCUGUUCGGCGCCUACAUCUCGCAGAGCUGCCUCACCGACUUCCUCCGCACCCUCGACAUCGUGCUGCCGGGCUUCCAGGACAAGACAGCCGUGCGCCGCGUGCUCGACUCGGAGCUGUGGCCGCGCGUCGUUGAGAUCUCGGUCGCGCUGCCCCCGGCCUUCGCCGACGACGUGGCCGCGACGCUCAAGUCGCUGCGGCAGGACGAGACCAUCUCGCGCUUCGAGCGCGAGUGGAACGUCGAGGCCAUCUGGCAGCGCGUCGGCGCCUUCCGCACGCACAAGCGCCUGGCCGUCUUCGACAUGGACUCGACGCUGAUCCAGCAGGAGGUCAUCGACGAGGUCGCCCGCCACAUCGGCGUCGAGGCCCAGGUCUCGGCCAUCACCGCCGCCGCCAUGAACGGCGAGCUCGACUUCGAGCAGUCGCUGCGCCGCCGCUGCGCCCUGCUGAAGGGAGUGCCCGUCGACGUCUGGGACAACAUCCGCAAGCUCAUCACCCCGACCCCCGGCGCGCCCGAGCUGGUCAGGGCGCUGAAGAGGCUGGGCUACAAGACGGCGGUGCUGAGCGGUGGCUUCACCCCCGUGACGGGCUGGUUCGCCCAGCAGCUGGGCUUGGACUACGCGUUUGCGAACCACCUGGUCGUCAGCGCAGACGGCAAGACGCUGACCGGCGAGCUGGAGGGCGACAUCGUGCACGCCGAGAAGAAGAGGCAGCACGUGCGGGAGAUCGCCGAGAAGGAGGGCAUCCUGCUCGAGCAGGUCCUGGUCGUCGGCGACGGCGCGAACGACCUGCCCAUGAUGGGCGUCGCAGGCCUGGGCGUCGCUUUCAACGCCAAGGCCAGGGUCCAGAUGGAGGCGCCCGCCCGUCUGAACUCCGAGAGCUUGCUCAACGUGCUGUACCUUCUGGGCUUUUCGAGGGCGGAGCAGGAGGAGCUGCUGCGGUAG